GCUUUGAACGCUCAAAGCCUCAAAGUCGUUGUCAUGACAUUGCUGUAGAGUUGUUGGGAUGGCCAAGCAAAUGAAAUCUAGUGUAAGGAACCCUGUGGAUAAGAAAGCAAAAGCGCAAGUUAUAAAAUUCAAGUGCACUAUGAAUAAUACCAUCCUAGACGUUUUGAAGAACAGAGGAUGGACUGAGGUUCUCAGAGAAGAUGAGUGUGAUUUCUACUGGUGUGAUCCUAUGGCUAUGAAAGACUUAUUUGAUCAUGGAUCAAUGGGAAAUAUAUCGAAGAUAUGCCAUUUUCGGAAUCAUUUCGAAUUAACGCGUAAAAAUCUGAUGGUUAAGAAUUUGAAACGUUUAAAACGUAAAUGGGAAAAAGAAUAUGGUAAACAAGAAGGACAAAAAAUAGAUUUCUUUCCGACAACAUUUGAACUUCCUAUGGAAUAUCAUAUGUUCAUUGAAGAAUUUCGUAAAUGUCCUGGUUCAAUAUGGAUUAUGAAACCGGUAGCUAAAUCACAAGGCAAAGGAAUAUUUCUUUUUCGUAAAUUAAAAGACAUUGAAGCAUGGAAACGUGUAGGAAUGAAAUGUGAACAACAAUUUAUUGGUGAUUCAAUGAAUCGUGAACUACCUGAAACAUAUGUUGUCUCUCGAUAUAUAACAAAUCCUUACUUAUUAUGUGGACGUAAAUUUGAUUUACGUGUUUAUGUUUUAGUCACAUCAUUUAAUCCAAUGAAGGUAUGGGUUUAUAGAGAUGGAUUCGCUCGCUUUUCAAAUACCCGUUUUUCACUGGAUUCUAUAGAUGAUCAAUAUAUACAUUUAACGAAUAUUGCUGUGCAAAAGACUGCACCUGAUUAUGAUGCUGAGAAAGGUUGUAAAUGGUCAAUCGGUCGUUUACGUCGACAACUUUUAGCUCAGUAUGGAUAUGAUAAAAUUGCCGAGUUGUUUCAUCAAAUUGAUAUGAUAUUUAUCGGAAGUUUAUUAAGUGUACAAAAGAUUAUGAUCAAUGAUAAACGCUGCUUUGAACUUUAUGGAUAUGAUAUAUUGCUUGAUGAUAAUUUAAGACCGUGGUUAUUGGAAAUUAAUGCAUGCCCUUCAUUGACAGCUUCAUCUAAAGAAGAUUAUACACUGAAGACCAACCUUUUAGAUGAUAUGCUUGACAUCGUAGAUGUAGAGGGUCGUCUAACAGGUUCUGAGAAACGCAUAGGUGACUUCGAUCUAAUCUGGGAUGAUGGUCCUGUUCCACCUUCAUCAGACACUACAGAAGGAUGGUUGAUUGAAGCACUAACCGCUAUACGACUAGAAAAUUCAGGAAACUCACAUGGCCUACUAUAUGCAUUCGGACCCAAUGGUUUACCAAGACUCAAUUCAUUUCUAGGUUGUACUUCAUCUCAGUCGGCUACAUGUAGAUUACGAUUUAAAUAUCCGCAUUUAGAAAAACUAUUAUGAUAGAAUGAUAAUAAAAUAUGUUGUACAGCUAUGUUAAGCUUUACUUCUUACAUUUUAUAACUUUUCUGAAAGUACUUGUUUAAGGAAUUAUUUUCACCUUUUUAUAUCAUAAACCUUUUACGAAGUCUGAAAUAUUGACACAAACUGAACAACAUAUUAUACCUUUCUUUCAAUGAAUAGGCAUCAUUCAGUUAUAGGCAUUAUUUGUCUCUUGGGUUGCUGAUGUUUCGAUUUAUUUGCUUUCUGAACCUGGUGUGGAUGUAAGAAGAGAUUGUAGUAACUUCAAUUUGUUCCCUUCGAACAUAUUAUUCAACUUUAAGUCAUUGUACACUUUUGAGAUGUUUAUCUGUAUCAGGAAUGGCGGAGAACAUUUGACACACCUCUUUCAAGCCUUGUACACUUCGCGCUCUUUUUGGUUUUCGGUUGGUUGGCAAAGUGCAAUUGAAGUACAUUGUUUGCAAAAAUUCGUGUUCUGGUCUAUUCGAUACACGUUGUUGUUAAUGGAAUUACUAGCAACGGAUACUGGGCCUAUCGUAUAUACAAAUGAAAUGCAUCAUCUCAUAUCGCGGAUCUAUUAAAACCUACAAUUGCGCUAACGAGCUAAAAGAUGAUCUUAAUUUUAUCGCUUGGAAAGAGGUGAUAUCAUUCAUUAAUUACUUCCACAUGUGUGGAAUCUGAAGUCAGCUGUGUGAAGAUUCGCUUUGUAAUGCAUACUUCAGAUUAUUUGAUUGUUCAACAAA